AUGCCACCAAAGAUAACUUACAAGAGUCCCCUUUUGGAGGCCGCAGUGGGGUUUGGACUGGGGGCAAUUGGAGGCAGUAUCCUCGGAGCAACUGAGGAUCCAGUUCACCGCUCUCUCUACGCCAUGACUGUUCCUGAGCGUAUCAAACCUCUUAUGGAUGAAGCUCGCACUGUGGGUCCCCUGGGGCUCGGAAGUCUGAUCGGCGCUACCGCACUGACCACUGCCAUGACUUCGGUGGUGCUAGCGCCAGUGCUGGGGGAGGGAGGGAAGGCGGGGGCCAUGCUGGGGGCAGUAGGAGCAGCAGGGGCUUCAAUCGGAGCGGCCGCAGCUCUGGCUGGUCGGUGGUCGACGCGAUUUGGGAUGGUAGCAACGUUAGCCGGGCUAAUGCUUGGAGCGCUAACAGUGGGGGAGUGGCACAUAGUGAACAUCGGGCUGCAGCUGCCAGUGGCCUACGUCUUUGCCAUGACCAACCCUUUCUAA